GCUACAGAGUAGUAACCGAUUAUACCUCGAGUAUCAUAUAUACUCAUACACAAACACCCCCAACACGACACAUUUCCGAUGUCACAAAAAUCUAUACAUCUCUCCACCACAACGACCAAGAUGGAAUUCUUCCGAUUUCUAGAUCUGCCGAAAGAGCUGCGUUUCAUGGUGUAUGGCAUGUUAGACAUCUCAACAAACCGGUACAAAUCUACCUUAUCCCCCCAUGACCACAGUACACUCGGAGUAUCCCAAGACUCCAGCGACACGAACUCGGCGUGUUCAUCAACACCCGAAACGCACCCCUCCAUGAUCUUAGUCACGCAAAGCAUGCCAGUCCAGAUCCUGGCAACCUGCCGUCUUGUGCAUACAGAAGCAACGCCAUUACUGCAGCCCAAACUCGCGCGACUGCUGUCUUCCGUCCCAACCAUCACCCUGGACGACAAGAUACUCUACACCCCACUACUCUCCGGCCCCGAUGGCCUACUCCCCACAAUCCUCGCCUACCUAAACACCCACUGCGACACACAGUUCCUGCCCUUCCAGACCUGGCGUGAACAACAAGCCGCCAAACACGACGAGCAGGUGUGGAUCUGGAUACGCCAGACCGUCGUCCGUCUACUUUCGCAAGCCACGAAGCCGACAGUCAGUUGGUUCGGCGACUUACUGCACCCUGAAGUGCGUAUCCUACUGCAGGUGCGCAGGGCGUGGGAAUAUCCCACCACUGCUGUACCUGAAACAGGCGCUUGCAGCCCGAAUGCGCGUCGGGAUUCGGUCACAACUCCGCUGCAAGAUACAUAUACCGAGGAUAUACAGCAUGCGAUGUGCACGCCGCCGUUGUAUUCUAUCAGUACUACCACGCAACUCACUAAAGUCUUCAAUGACUCGCUUGAGGCUGCCAGGAGUAAGGGACUGGAACAUGUUAGGGGGGGUAGUAUUGUUUUUGGCCAGGACGUGCGGGAGAAGGGCGAGAGGGGGGUUGUUCCGGAUCGGAUUUGUGGGUUGAACUAUCAGCUCGAUGGGUAG